AUCCGCCAACAUUGGUCAACUUUCCCACGGUUGGGAGGCUGGUUCAUGACGCGACCUCCUUCUCGGUUGCUACAUUGUUGUUGUUUUGACAUUGCACCCCCUCCUGCUUUGGCAUCACAAUUGGGCGACAGAGCCCGUGAAGUUGAUUCCACAGUUGUGAUCAACAUUCCAACAAGGCCUCGAGGGUGCGCUUCAACAUCCAAUCCAGGAUCCCAGUUUGAAAUCAGGGAGACUGGCCUCCAGUCCAGCCUUUGGCGCCACGAAUGGCGUUGGAACCCCCUAAUUCUGCAAGAAUCAAGAUGGAGGGCAACAAGGUUCCCAGACGCGCAAGCCUUUUCUCCAGCUUGGUCGAAGAGGACCGCCAGAGGCGAGCUCAAUCAACACCUCGUCAACGCGGUACCGACAAGAUGCCUCGGUUGUCCAGUGCGAGCGACAGAGACGUCAACUCCAUCGUCUCGCCAUUCAUAGGCAAGAGGCAACGACAGGGUCUUCCAGGUCACUCUUCGCCUCAUGCUAGACGGCGAAUGGUCCUACGACCCUCACUCCUCGGCUCGCCACAGAUCCGAGAGAUGGACUUGCAGAAAAAGGCUGAUCUGUUGAGUGACAUUGCUGGAGAUUUCAUCUUGCGCAUCACCGGUGGGAUCUCGAGGCCUGAGUCAGCGAAAGAGUGGAGAAACUCCUGGAAUACACUUCAAACUCUACGACAUUCAGAUAUUUUCCCGCCCAACAACUUACUCUUUCCGAUGGUCCAGAAUGUCCUGUACCAAUUGCCGGCGGGCGAGAUAUACAGCCAAAGUCAUCUGGAGCGUGCGGUUCGCCUGACGAACCUCGCCACAUUCUGCUUCGUCAUCUUUCGACCUGACGAAGCGAGCUCGUUGCUGGAGUACAUGUCGCUCGAGAAUGAUACCGCAUCUGCUCUCCGUAUUAAAGCGGCUCAAGAUGCGAUGGCUCUGCAUGGCAAGGUCGAAUGCAGAAACAAGGCCUUGUUGACAGCAUGGAAAUGCUUCUGGAGGGUUUUGGUAUCGCCGGACAGGCCAAUAGAUCCCAAGGUGUUCGAUCUCUGGGUCGACUUUUCGACACAGUUCUGCCUGACCUACCAGUCGCCCACCGUCCACCCUCCGAGCGAUGCUAUCGCCGAAUUGCCACCUCUACCGGAUCAUCUAGCCGAGAUGCUAUUCCAUCAGCAAUCCAUCGCCCUGUAUAAACAGGAGGAUCCGGACCAAUCACUCGUAGAAGACAGUGACCCGGAAGUUCUGAAGGCUCUGGAUAAGAAGUACGUCCAUGAGCGAUGGUCAGAGGUCGCAAAUGCGAGGCGUGAUGAGAUUCAAGACACGCAUUGGUCGGAUCUUUGCGAACGAUAUCCUUACAGCGAUUUUGCUGCCAAUGUGGCCGUCUAUGUGCAGAGUCAAAUAUCGGGCUCUGGUGUCGGUCUCGUCCAUUGGGGCUCUCCCUCAUCUGACAUGACUCUAUCUCCUGGAAGGCUGCCUGCCAUUUUGCAUCCCAUUCAUUCCCCCAGCAAAUUGCGAGACUCAUCUGUGUCCCGACUCGAGCCGCCGUCUGAGCAUCCGGGUUUAUUUCACCUAGAUGCCGAUGAGCGAACAGAGAUUUCUGAAGAUGCAAACAGUCUCGUGCCUAGGGGUGACAUUCAUCGGUCAUCAUCACCAGCCCUCGGCAAUAUGGUCAGAGAUCUCCCGAUCGACAUGGAUCUCAUGAAGGAGAUGGCCAUGGAACUCGAUGCGGACUUUGUGGCAUCACAGGCUGACCAAGGCGCUGAGUCGGGCAACGAUCUUUCCGUCAACGCCGACGGAGAGCUGGGUAUCAGGAGUUCCGCAACGCCUAGGCGGGUUGUCGCGCACUCUACAUCCAUAUUCGGGAAAUUCAACUUUGCUUCAAAGCAAAAAGAUGCCAAGCAGGUUGGAUGGGAAGAAUCUCCCAUGGUGACUUCUCGCAUUGGUCAGACCUUGCAUACUCACAGAGGCACUGCAGUGACUCCGAGACAGACACGACAGUCGACUGACCUCCGAACGAGACAACAAGCCUCUCUGACCUCUCAGACGUUGGGAUCUCAGACUCGACAAUCGCACCUCAACCCUGGGGCUGGUGCGCUAGGCCUGCUAGCGGACGGUGCUCCGUACCAAAAUCGACAGGACUCUCCCGCGGAAUUCCUCGCCGAGGAUGUUCUGCCCGGGGAAAGUCAGUUUGACGAUGCAGAAGACGGUCCCGGGGGCGAAAUGGAUGACGCGGGAGAAUACCUCGUCGAGGACAUUUUGCCUGUGGCGAGCCAGACGCAAAUGACUUGGCGGACAUCAUGCCGUCAGCCAGUCAAUUCGAAACGAAUCCACGGAGGAUUCACCGGAAUGGUCGAAAUCGGCCAGCGGAGGAAAUUGUGGAUCGAGGCGUAGUGGACGUGGCAGCACCGACAGAAGCCGCUGGCGACCGCGCAUCGCGUAACGAACUUGCCAUGCCGACGUCUCAGCGUAAACUGCAUUCACGGAGAGUAAAUCAUCCUGAAGAUGGAGUGGAAUUUGCAGAAGUGGAUUCGAAUGAGGACGAAGUGGACCGCCAGGAUCUACAAGGGGAUGCUCUUGAACAGGCGAGUGGGUUCGGCGCAAACGACCAGGGCAAUGCCGCCGAUAUUGGUCAAGAGAUGGAUUUGGAGGAGCCUUAC